AUGGAAACCGCUGGCGAGCAGCCCAUCAGUCGCUUGCUGAUUGCCAACCGCGGCGAGAUUGCCUGUCGCAUCAUCCGCUCCGCCCGUCGGCUGGGAAUCGAAACAGUGGCCGUCUUUUCCGACGCCGACCGGCGGGCGAUGCACGUCGCCCAGGCCGACCAGGCCUACCACAUUGGCCCGUCGCCGGCCACGGAGAGCUACCUCGUCAAAGAAAAACUCCUCGAGGUGGCCCAAAGGUCCAGCGCGGACGCCAUCCACCCCGGCUACGGCUUCCUCUCGGAGAGUACCGAAUUCGCCGCAGCCUGCGCCUCGGCGGCCAUCAAAUUCGUCGGCCCCUCGCCGGCGGCCAUUCGCUCGAUGGGCAUCAAAUCGCUCUCGAAGGCGAUCAUGGCAGAGGCGGGCGUGCCGGUCAUUCCCGGCUUCCACGACGAUUCGAUUCAGGGGGAGGAAGCCCUGCUGAAGGAGGCGCGGAAGAUUGGCUUUCCGGUGAUGAUCAAGGCGGUGAGGGGCGGCGGGGGGAAGGGCAUGAGAAUAGCCGCUGAGGAGGCGGUCUUUCUGGAGGCCCUUCAAUCGGCGAGGAGGGAGGCGUCGAAGGCUUUCGGCGACGACGUGGUCCUUCUGGAGCGUUUUGUCCGUCGGCCGCGGCACAUUGAGGUGCAGGUCUUUGGGGAUCAGCAUGGGA